CAGCAAAAAAAAAAAAACCGACUGCACUUUUCAAAUCCUUGAGAAGGGUGGGAGCUCGUGAUCAUCUGAGGGAAUAUCUGCAAAGUAAAAAAAAAACACAACUUUACUGCGUUAAAAAGAGGAAAACUGCACUCAAAGUGUAAAUAACGGAUGUGUGGACGAGCAGAGAGACUUGAGGGAAAAGUAAAGUGACUGUAACCAAGGAGACGAUUGAGUUUUUGUUUUGUGUGUUUUUUUUUUUUUUUUUUUUUCCAGGGACGGUGUUGAGGUUGUUAUAUGGAAAGGAAGUUUAAUCUUCCGGCGGUAUUUUCUGUCCGAAAGAGGAGAUGAACAUUGUUGUGGAUACGCGCUUGAACGACGAAGAGACACCGUGUAAAGUUCCUACACUUGACCUGAGAUAGUUCACACUUUCCGUUAGCAUUAACUUUAACUCUAGCAGGAUGAUGGCCCGGAGGCGGUUGGAGGGUCGCGGCGGGCUGCUGGCGGACAUCCAGACCACGAUACUGAGCGAGCCGCUGGAUUCCCUGUUCCACAUCACCGGCGAGCUCGGCAGAGGGAAGUUUGCAGUGGUGAAGAAAUGCGUGGACAAGGCGACGGGUAAAGAGUUUGCGGCGAAGUUCGUGCGGAAGCGGCGGCGAGGUCGUGACUGUAGGGCCGAGGUGAUCCACGAGCUGGCGGUGCUGGAGGCGGCCCGGUGCAACCCCCGCAUCAUCAACCUGCACGCAGCCUACGAGAACGAGCACGACAUCAUCCUACUGCUCGAGUAUGCGGCAGGUGGUGAGAUAUUUGACCACUGCGUGUCUGACGAGCUGCUGUCCGAAGGCCAAAUCAUUCGUUUAAUCCGACAGGUCCUUGAAGGCGUCCAUCUGCUGCACCAGAGCAACGUCGUCCACCUUGACUUGAAGCCUCAGAACAUUCUGCUGACCAGUCUGAGUCCUCUUGGGGACAUUAAGAUCGUGGACUUUGGGCUGGCACGGCGGCUCGGCUCCAUCGGAGAGCUGCGAGAGAUCGUGGGUACACCUGAGUACGUAGCUCCAGAAAUCCUGAAUUAUGAGCCCAUCACUACAGCCACAGAUCUGUGGAGCAUCGGCGUGAUCACGUACAUGCUGAUCACAGGAGAGUCUCCGUUUGCCGGCGAGGACAAGCAGCAAACCUUCCUGAACGUCUCGCAGGUGAACGUGGACUACAGCAAGGAGGCGUUCUCCCGUGUGUCCGAGCUCGCCGUCCAUUUCAUCCAAAAACUGCUGGUCAAAGCACCAGAAGACCGGCCGAGCGCCGCAGACUGUCUGAGUCACCCGUGGCUGUGGCAGCAGUACCUGGGGGUCGAACUCUCUCCCCCUCCAGCAACCCCACGUGUCCCACGAGAGCGCAGCAGCGGUGUCAAGUGGGCAUCUGCUCCCGAGGACCUUGAGGACAAAGAGAACAUUCUGGAUUCGCCGCAGUCUAAGAGGUUCCGCUUCGAGGAUGACGCACAGGCCGCGAGGGACAGCAGCAUCUGAAACACACCCUGUAAUCACAUUCCCGUUUUGAUCAGGGCAAGAUUUUCCAUCCAAAUCCUCUGAAUUACUUUUGGGACCAGACCAAAGAUGAUUUGCUAAUGCCAGAGCGAAUUCCUGCUGCACAAUAACAUGUAUAAUGAGGUUUCUGUAACUAAAUCACUGUCUUCUUUCAUCUCAGAUAUCCGAGCAGCUCUUUUUCUCUCGUAUGUGGUUUUACUGUAUGUGUUUGUGUUUUUAAUUUGCUCCAUUAUCUAUGUUUUUCUUUUUGAAUAUUUAUUUGAUACUAAGUUCCAGUAAGGUGUGUUAUUUUAAAGUAGGAAAAAUAAGAAAACAAGGCCAAUGGUUCCUCUAAACCAGCAAUGUUUUAAUAGUAAGGAUGUUUGGUUUAUUUUUUUUUUUGAUUAAUUGUCGUUCUCAUUAAUUGUGAUCACUUUUUGCUGCUCCAAAUCACAAUAUGCUGGACUGCAGGGGAAACUAGAAUGAGGUUCUUAUAAAUAAACAAGGCAUUGGUUUGUUGG